AUGCAACUAUUUUCACGCAGUCUUGGCUAGGAUAGAGUGCGUGGCGCAGGCUUCAUGUAUGCUAGCAUUGGUAGUAAGUUGAGUCGGAAUCUCCUUGCACCACUUGCGUUCAGUUUUCGAACGAUGAGCGUGCAAGCACAAGACAUGCUCUUCAGACAACUUUUUGACCGUGAGACGUGUACAUACACGUACCUCCUGGCUGAUGCCAUCACAAAGGAUGCGGUUCUCAUUGAUCCUGUCAUUGAACUGGCCGAGAGAGACGCCACCUUGGUCAAGGAGCUGGGACUCAACCUAAAAUACGUCAUGAACACCCACGUCCAUGCUGACCACAUCACGGGCACCGGCCUACUGAAGAAACUUGUUCCUGGCUGCAAGUCUCUCAUUGCCAAGGUGUCAGGAGGUAUUGCUGAUGUUCUUGUCGAAGACGGCGACAUAGUAACCUUUGGCAAUCAGAAACUGGAAGUUCGAAGUACACCAGGCCACACAAAUGGUUGUAGCACGUACGUGAGCCAUGCUGGGAAGUUCGCUAUGACUGGUGACGCCUUGCUGAUCCGAGGGUGCGGGAGGACGGACUUCCAGGAGGGCUCGGCAGAGACCCUCUACCAGUCUGUCCACUCGCAGAUCCUCAGUCUGCCCAAUGAAUUCUCACUUUAUCCAGCCCAUGAUUAUAAAGGGCAAACAGUGACUACUGUAGCAGAGGAGAAGGUGUACAAUCCACGGCUUACUAAACCCUUAGAAGAGUUUGUGGAUAUCAUGAACAACCUUGGCUUGGCUUACCCAAAGAAAAUCGAUAUCUCUCUGCCAGCCAACAAAGUGUGUGGGUUAUAUAACCUUCCAGAAGACUUGGCUGCAAAACUUGAAGAUAAAAAAUAAAAUAAAAAUUUUGCUUCAGAAAUAGUUUACAUUUAAAAAUAAAAAACAGUGUUUUAUAUAUGAGAUACAGAGGAACAGAUUACAGUGGUUACUUAGUAGGUUUAUUAUUUAUAUAUUUUAUAAAGCCACUAAAUUAUAAUAUAUCAUUUAUAAAGGGACAUUUAAUGGUGGCAAGUAUAGACUAUUUUAGAUUAUGUAGCUUUUUAGGUAACUAUAAAUACAGUAGAUACAAUAUUUGAUAUUAACAGCCAAAAAAUUGUCUUAUUUAGGGUAUAGAAAUGUUAGAAUUAUGCUAUAUUUUUUGAGUCGCAACAAAAAUUAUGUACCUGUACUGUACUGUGAUCAUUUGCUGAUGUAACAGUUGUGUACUAUAAUCAUGCAUUGAUGUAACAGUGAAUACUGUCUUCAUUCACUGAUAUAAUAAAUGACAGGUACAAAAA